AGUAGGAGAGACACGUGAAUCAAACCAGAAACGAGACUGCUCAUUUAAACUCUAUGACAGGCGGAUGGAAUGCGCUCUCAGAGCAUCUUGCGGUUAACUUUGGACUCUGUGCGGCGACUCGUUGACCGUGCGCGCAUGGGUUCCGUGACAGGUUGUAAAGAAGGAAUUCCAACACUAUUUUUAAAGCCACACGCGGAUCUGGGGGCGUGGACCGCUCGAGCACAGACCGUUUGGUUCGAGGAACAUUUUAAUGUGACUGUUGGAUUUGGAUUGUCGUACCGCUCUACCGGCUUGGAGUGCUCCGGUAUACCCAAAGCAUUUGGGUUGUCGUACCGCUCUACCGGCUUGGAGUGCUCCGGUAUACCCAAAGCAUUUGAUUGUCGUACCGCUCUACCGGCUUGGAGUGCUCCGGUAUACCCAAAGCAUUUGGAUUGUCGUACCGCUCUACCGGCUUGGAGUGCUCCGGUAUACCCAAAGCAUUUGGAUUGUCGUACCGCUCUACCGGCUUGGAGUGCUCCGGUAUACCCAAAGCAUUUGGACACAGCACUGUCCGAGCUGUCGCUCUCGUUGGUUCGGGAUUGCUUUGAGUUUAAAAUUAUAUUUUCUGUCAAUUUCCCUGUCAUUGGAAUACGUACAUUUUGCUCCGAUUGAGGGUUUACAAGAGUGAGGGCGGCGUGGAAGGAAUAGGCUACUACAGCGGGAGCAAAGCGUCUCCAAAUGGCGCAACGUUGGAACGUUUAUGAUUACAUAUAACUAAACCAAUUACUGAAUACGGUAACACUUUAUAAUCCGUCUAAAUCUGGAACAAUUCUUGGUUUUAAAUAAUGAUUUUUUUCUUUGCCUAAAGUGAUUGUUUACCGUGAACCUGGCAUGUCAAUAUGGGCGAGUAACAUCGAUGGCAAAUGACAUCGGGGAUUUGAGCGCUAUCACUGCAUCCACUGAACUCAUCUCCGUCUGCAAAUAUUGGCAUGUGUCAAAGGAUAUCAGUGUAUUUCGUUUCACUGACCUUUUUCACCAGACGGGCUUAUUGGAUGUAAUCACAGAAUAACGGGAGGCCAUAUAUUCCAUAGUCCCUAUAAAAAAUAAUAGAAUUUUGAACUACGUAGCCUACAAUUUAGGCUAUUAUUUUUGAUUCAUGGAUUCUAACAUUUGCAUUGUCCUUUCUUCGUGUGUUCCUGACAUUUAGACUGCAUUAAUUGCGAAGAUACUGCCAUUUUCAUUUGCAUUUAACAAUGAGAUUUAAAAUCCGUUUGGGGAAGUAAUUAUUGGUCGUGUUCUGUUCUGCACUCUUUACAUUAGCCUAUUUACAGUAGCUACAACACCCAAACAUGACAAGCACCGGACCUGUCAUCGUGUUUGAGUGGCUGAAGACCCUCCAGCUCUCUCAGUAUGUGGAGUCCUUCGUGGAUAACGGCUACGAUGAUCUGGAAGUUUGCAAACAAAUUGGAGACCCCGACCUGGAUGCUAUCGGUGUCUACAUACCGCACCACCGGCAAAGGAUCCACGACGCGGUGCAAAGGCUGAAAGACGAUGAUAAGGAGACUGCAGCGGGGCUGUAUUUUACACUUGAGCCGAUGCCCCCCGCGUCCGAAAUGUGUCCUAGUCACCUGGUGGACCAGUACGAGUCUAAACUCCGGGGGUCCAAGUCUUGGACCGAACCGAAUAGUGACCGGGUCGGGAGGAAUGGGGGCGCGUAUUUGGGCGCGCAGAGGAACCUGACGCUUGGCAACAGGAGGGAGCUGGUGAUUUACCCCAAACUGAAGCUGAAGAUCAUGAUUAGGGAUAAAGUCAUCAGAGAUGGAGUCAACCUUGCCAGGCCACCAUACUCAAACAAGGAUGGUUCUCUAGGGAACAUUGAUGACCUGGCCCAGGAGUAUUCUGAGUACUACAACACCUGCUUCAGUGACGUCAGCGACCGCAUGGAGGAGCUACGCAAGAGACGUGUGUCCCAGGACCUCGACAUGGAGAAAGUUGACACAAGCCCCACCUCUCUGCAGCUUCGCUCGGAGAUUCAGGAGUCCCUUGGUUUCAGCAGUGAGGUGUCCACUCCAGAGACAGAGAGAAAGAUGUCUCUGCACAAGUCCAGCUCUGAAGACGGCUCUGGAGGUAAAUGGGACAAUAAGAAGAAGAACAAAUCCUUCUGGCAGAAUUUCCGCAAGACUUCUCAGAAGGGAGUCAUGCAGCAGACGUCAAAAGGAGAGGACAUAGGCUACGUGGCCAGUGAGAUCACCAUGAGUGAUGAAGAGCGCAUCCAGCUGAUGAUGAUGGUGAAGGAGAAAAUGAUCACUGUGGAAGAGGCUUUAGCUCGGCUGAAGGAGUAUGAGAACCAUAGCAGACAGUCCAGCAGUACUGACACUGCAGAGUGGACUGAUGGAUCCACUCCCAAUCUAAACCAGUCCUCAAACUGCAAAGAGCAGUCUGAUGAUGAGCAGACAGAGGACUCAAUGAAGUUCAAACGGCUCCACAAGCUGGUCAACUCUACCCGCCGCGUCAGGAAGAAACUCAUCAAGGUGGAAGAGGGCAAGAAACACGGCUCCGAAGAUUCUCUGAGCUUGGAGGCAUCUCCUACCUGUGAGGACAACACAGCCUUGUACACAGGGGUCCUGAAGAAGUCCAGCCUGCCCCAGGAUGCCUCCAUGUCCUCCCUGACCCAGGACCAGCUCUCUCUGGAUGGGGACACAGACAGCUUGACCACCUCCCCUUCCUCCAGCAGCCUGGACACUACCUGGUCCGGACACAAGCUGGUCAAGGCCUUCUCUAAGUCCAGCAGCACCCACGGCCUCAUCCGGCCUCCCAGGAGACUCGCUGCUGGGCCUGAGGGUUUGGGAGCCGUCGGGGUGGGAGGUAGUGGAUCCUCCUUCUCAGAGCUGGACGGCUGUGGUGCCGAGGCCGAAGAGAAGGUGUCGCACUCCAUGACGGAGGGCGAGAUGCGGAAAGCCCUGACCUCUCUCUCCCAUGGGAGGACAUGUAGUUUUGGCGGGUUUGACCUGUCCAACAGGUCACUCCAUGUGGUCAGUGCAGGCUCAGAGCACAAUAGUAAGGAUCCAGAGGCUGUAUACCGGGAGGUAGUCAAGUCUCCCAACACGUCUCGUAUCUCUCUGGGGAAGAAGGUCAAGUCCGUCAAAGAGACCAUGAGAAAACGCAUGUCCAAGAAGUACAGCAGCUCACUGUCUGAACAGUCGAGCCCAGACGGGACUCCCAGCUCCCCCCAGUCCCCUCAGCCAGACACAGACUCUCUGGAGAAACCCAAGCUAAAGGCUGGAGGAUCAGUGGAGAGCCUCCGGAGCUCCCUCAGUGGACAAAGCUCCAUGAGUGGUCAGACGGUCAGCACCACAGACUCGUCAGCCAGUAACAGAGAGAGUGUUAAGUCUGAGGAUGGAGAUGACGAGGAGCCUCCCUACAGAGGGCCCUUCUGUGGCAGAGCACGAGUACACACUGACUUUACCCCUAGCCCCUACGAUUCCGAUUCCCUCAAACUAAAGAAAGGGGAUGUGAUCGACAUCAUCAGUAAGCCACCCAUGGGGACGUGGAUGGGCCUGCUCAAUAACAAGGUGGGCACCUUUAAGUUCAUCUAUGUGGACGUGCUGAGUGAAGAGGAGGAGAAGCCCAAGAGACCCGUGAGGAGAAGGAGGAAGGGAAGACCUCCCAAACCCACCUCUGUAGAAGAGCUGCUGGAACGCAUCAACCUCAAGGAGCACAUGCCUACCUUCCUGUUUAACGGUUAUGAGGACCUGGACACCUUCAAGCUGCUGGAGGGGGAGGAUCUAGAUGAGCUCAACAUCAAAGACCCUCAACACAGAGCUGUGCUGCUCACCGCUGUGGAGCUACUGCAAGAGUAUGACAGCAGCAGCGACCCUGAGCGGAGCGGCCUGUCAGGCUCUCAGGAGAAGCUGCUAUCAGAGGGCCACAUCCUGGUGGGCGACUCACCACGUGACUCUGGCUGCUAUGAGAGCAACGAGAACCUGGAGAAUGGCAAGACCAGGAAGACAUCUCGCUCCAACCGCUCCUCUGCGGGCCUCCAGUCCCCAGACUACCCCACCCUGCCCAUGACCCAGUCCACUGAGGCCCUGCAGCAGAGCAAACUGGAGCGCACAGCCAAGUUCACAAAGCACUUCUUCCUCAAGCCCACCCUGAGGGGCUUCAGCCUGCUGGGGCUGAGGAAGGGCCCCCGCCGGACCCCCAUGCCGGCCAGCCGCAGCUGUGAGGACCUGGACGGGCCCCCGGAGGCUACCGGCCCCCAGGCCUGGAAGAGAUCCCACUCCCUCGGGGACCUCCACUGGGAGCAGGCCUUCGACCAGAAGAAGGACUACAGCCUGGAGGUCAAGCCCGCUAAAGGUGUCUCCAAGUCGGGUAACAGCAGCAGGGAGAAUGGCCUCCAGGGUCAUGGAGAUGGGAGUUCAUCACUGGCUCAGAAUGGAGGGAGUGCUGUGAGCCCGAAAGGGCGUUCUGACCAACCCCCUGUGCCCUCCCAGCUGCCCCUCAGACCCCCCUGUCCCACCGCCCCGCUUCCCCAGCCCCAGGAGACCCUCCCCAGGCCUCCUGAACCCCAGCUGAGGGAGAGGAGCAUCCGGACUCACCCCAAAAAGCCCCCAGUGCCCCCUCCCGUUCCAGUCAAGAAAUCCAAGGAGCGCCUGGCCAAUGGGAUACGCCACCGCUCCCUUGUCCUUUCCUCCCCCACUCAUUCCUAUACCUCCACCCACUCUCAUCCCCCCAGCCCUGUCAACAGCAGCCCCAGUGCUCCAGCCCUCCCCAGUAAGGCCUCCAGUACCCCUGCCUCCCCUUCUCCAGCCUCCCCUGCCUCCACCACCACCGGCUGUCCAGAGCCAGAGGAACCAGGCACCCCCCCAGCCGUGCCCCCUCCCUGGUUGUCUGACCUGCCCGAGACGGCCUGCCCUCAGGCUCAGAUCCAGGGCGGUGGUGGCAAGAUGGCGGUGGCCAGGAAGGUGUCCUAUGCUAAAAUGGCAGUCGAUCUCCACAGUGUGCUGGAGCAGAGACUGGAGGCCGAAGGCAUCGACCUCACAGAGGAACCCUACUCAGACAAACAUGGUCGGUGUGGUAUCCCCCAGCCCCUGAUGCAGCGCUACAGUGAGGACUUGGAGCAGCCAGUGAAGGAUGUGGCCUCCAACAUGGACCAGGUUCGCGUCAAGCAGCUCCGUAAGCAGCACCGCAUGGCUAUCCCGUUUGGAGGUUUGACAGAGAUGUGCAGGAAGCCACUCUCCCCAGGUCACGUGAGCACCGUCUCAGAUUGGCUCGUGUCCAUCGGCCUACCCAUGUACGCCACACCGAUGGCAGCUGCGGGAUAUGACACGUUGGGACGUGUGUCCUCUCUCACAGAGAGUGGCGUGUGGGAAGCGGGGGUGCGGGACGAGAGGCACGUCCGUAGACUUGUGAGCGAGGCCCGAUUGGUCAGCACACACAGAGACGGACAGUCGUAACCGUGACAGUGGAGCCCAUGCAGGUGUAACCGUGACAGUGGAGCCCAUGCAGGUGUAACCGUGACAGUGGAGCCCAUGCAGGUGUAACCGUGACAGUGGAGCCCAUGCAGGUGUAACCGUGACAGUGGAGCCCAUGCAGGUGUAACUGAGACAGUUGAAUGGCUAUGGCACAGUUGAGACUAAAUGCAGAACUGAAUAACUGUGAACGUGACCACAGCACAGCUUCCAGCACCUAUUGAGACUUUUGACUGGACUACGGAGGGCGGGUGGUUUGCAGUUGCAGCCCAGCUAAUGCUUGAGACUUAUGAGCAGCAACCUGUUCUUAGGCCCCCGUCUUUAUCAAUCUGUCUCUCUCUCUUUCUAUUCCUGUCUUUCAGAUGUUUACGGUGAGAUUGUUCCGACUGCCGAGAACAGUUAUCAGAUGCCUUUAAAACUGACUGUUCCCUUCUGAAACAUCCCCCCCAGUCUUAAAAUACUGAGAACUGCCUUUGAGGAAAUUAGCACACUUUUCUUAGACUCUUUUUUUUGACUCUCCUUUUAAAGACUAAAUGAUGUUUUUUUUCUGUGUUUCAGAAGUGCUUGAUUUGUAUCUCUUGUGCAAAGAGAAAAGCACUAGAGAGUAGUGAGAGGAUGUAGCUUGGCCAAAGCAAUUUCUUUCAAUGUGCAGAUUUCACCUUUGUCGUUAAUCCCAUUGCUAAAUGCUACAGUAGAUUGGAGAACAUGGUUUAUUGCAGAUAACACAACAACAACAAAUAACACAAAACAUGAAAUAGGCAAAUAUUGCUGUUAUAUUAAGAUUUAAAAUCCUUAUUUUCUAUCAUGCUAUAGUGUUUUUGUAAUAUACUGUACCAUAUAUUUUAAUUUCAAGGUGUUUUUACAGUAUGUGUUCAAUAAGUAUUGUGUGUCUGCUUUGUGGAAUGUCAAAGUCUGAAUGUCAGUCAUUGUAAGUAUAAACAGUCGGACAGAUCUCGACAUGAGUUUAUACAGUAUUUCAGAUUAUAUUGCAGAUUUCUUGGUUGCAUGUAAUCCUCCAAUAUGUAGGUCCUUACAACAACACUAUCUACACAGUACCGCUCUAAUAAUCUUCCAUGGGAGAUCAGCUUUUCUUUGCAGACAAUAUCGUCUCCAUAUAUCUAUCCAGGCGGAUUUUAAGUUGCCUUACCAUUAUGUUAAAAACAAUUAGAUGAAUACGUAUUCAUGUACUCAGCGUUAUAAAAACAGCAGGCAUUUCAACCCCCAUCUUUGACUAAGGCUUGAUUCCUCAAAGCCUCACCGGGCCAAUAUGUUUUGAAUGUGCUUGUAAUGACAGUGAUUGUUAGUAGAAGACACACACACAUGCACACACACGCUAGCAGCCACAUAGCUCUGUCGGUAGUGUCCUUGCUGUUCUUGUUAAGCACAGAUGUUGAUCCACAUGAAGUCUAAUUUAAACACAGUGUUCCAUGUUCAACAGCCAGCCAUAGACCAGCUCAGUACUGCAGACCACAGAAACAGACUGAGACAUGAUGUAGAUGAUCCACUCAGAAGGAAGGGCUAAGACGAGUGCUACAGCUGUUCCACAGAGACCCAGCUAACAGCUGGUUUAUCAUGUCUGUCUGAGCCUCUCUUGGAAGAACAAGAACAAGAAGGGGGGUGUCUUAGAGAGAGACACAGUCAGGGAGUACAGAUGAGAAUGGGAAUGUACUGAAUCUCCAUUCACUGACCAGCAGACCAGACCUGUGAGUCCCUAGCAGUGGAUUCCUAGUCCAAGACCGGUGUGAGUGGAACCACCUACGUAAUGUCAUUCUAGUUAUGUGAAGUACUACAUAUUGCAAACAAUAUUCAAGUCUUAUCCCUUGUCUCGGGUUUUAAAAUACAAGUUUGCAGAGUGGUGUAACACAGGGGUGCUUUUGCAGUGGACACUCGAUAGAAGUUUGAUGCCUUUUCUCUUCAAUCAUAGUGGUGCUCCAGGUUAGCCUUGGAGACACUUGUAGGGGGGGGGUUUAAAGAAACAAAAAUACCUAAAAUUUAAGAUGUAAAAAAUACUGUCACUGUAAAAUGCACUUUAGAAAGUAAAUAAAAAAUGUUUAAGCAAAAUUGGCAAAAUGUUCUUUAAGUCUGUAAGCAGACAUUUGUUUUCAGGUCAUGUAAAGGGUUUGAUUGAAUGGGUUAUACUGGUAUUUAGUUAUCUUAGUAUAGUUCCCAAUGCCAAGUCAAUGUACAAAUGUAAUUAAUAAUAGUUCAUGAAUUAACCCAUUCCAAUGACUUAACUUCCAAUUUACUUUUGCAGUCUUACAGAAAACCUAAUUACAUAUAUGAAAUGGUUAACAAGAGUUGCACAUUCUGUAUAUGUAAUUAGUAUUUAAAUAACUUAUUUUGGGUCUUUUCAUAUCAACUGUAAUUACUAUACAAAUAGCAAUACCUUCCUGCAAAUUGCAUUAGCCAGUGAAAAGCUACAGUGUUUAUUGUAAAAUAUAAGUGUACAAAUGAUUUAAUUUGGGUUCAACUAGCUAAUGAUUGUCUAUAAAGAUAUUCUUGUGUAUUGAAACAAAAAAUGAUGUCUAACUAUUUGUCAUUCUGAAAUAUAAUAAAAACGCUAUCGCCA